GGGUUUGAAUGGACUGUCAAUGGACGUGACAGUAUUGGGGUAAGGACAGCAUCGCCUCCUGUCACAGAGCAACUGGUGGUGGACCACAAUGCAACAAGUCCUAGAAUAUGCAUUGGAUCGGGCUGAGUACAUCGUUGAAAGUGCUCGUCAACGGCCAGCUAGGAGAAGGGUCUCUUCCAGCGGGAGAAAAUCUUUAUAUCAGAAACUUUAUGAAUUGUACAUUGAAGAGUGUGAAAAAGAGCCAGAGUUAAAGAAGCUUAGGAGAAAUGUGAAUCUACUGGAAAAGCUUGUCUCACAGGAGUCAGUCUCAUACCUGGUGGUCAACCUGUACCCUGGAAAUGAAGGAUACUCACUGAUGCUUAGAGGCAAAAAUGGAUCUGAUUCGGAGACAAUUCGUCUUCCGUAUGAGGAAGGAGAACUGCUGGACUACUUGGACGCAGAGGAGCUGCCACCCAUCCUGGUGGACCUUCUAGAAAAAUCACAAGUGAACAUAUUCCACUGUGGCUGCGUCAUCGCAGAGGUCCGAGAUUACCGACAGUCAGGGAAUGCUAAGAUGCCCUCUUACCAGAGCCGUCAUGUACUGCUGAGACCCACUAUGCAGACAUUAAUCUGUGAUGUCCAUGCUAUGACAAACGAUCACCACAAGUGGACACAGGAUGACAAAUUGCAGUUGGAGAGCCAGUUGAUCCUGGCCACAGCAGAGCCUCUGUGCCUGGACCCGUCUGUCUCUGUGACCUGCACCGCCAACCGGCUGCUCUACAACAAACAGAAGAUGAACACGCACUCUAUGAAACGGUGUUUUAAGAGGUACUCACGGGCGGCGCUGAACCGACAGCAGGAAUUAGCCCACCUGCCCACACCACCCCAGCUCAGACUGCUUGACUACCUGCACAAGAGGAAGGAGAGGAAACCUGCACCUUUCAUCGACCUCAAGAUCUCCAAAGCCGGAAACUGCGUGGACAUGUGGAAGCAGAACAGCUGCCAGCUUACUGCCCCAGCAGAGAUUGAUGUAGAGAAGUAUGCUGUGGUGGAGAAGUCGAUCAAACUGGAGGAUUCUCAGCCUACGCAGGUUUGGCCUGCCCAGGAUGUAAAAGAUGACUACAUUUUUGAGUGUGAAGUGGGUGGCCAGCCUCAGAGGACGAAGGUCACCAUCUUCCAGUCUAUGGGAGACCCGCUGGUGUACGGAAAAAUCUACAGUGCCAAAGACCCCAAAGCAGACGAGGACUUCUCAGAGCUGCACCUCAUUCACCCGCCGUUCCUCAUUGGUUCAAAAGUAGAUGCAGACCGGUUUUUGGCUCAGUAUAAGGCCGUUUACGAGACAGAUGUGAAGUGUGAGGUGAAGAUGUUGCACAACACCAGCAGUGUGGGAGCACAGUGCCAGCUUUCUCCUGCCAGAGAGAUUGAGGUGGACGGAUUCUCGUCAGUGCAGUCCUCCGUGUUGGGCAAGGGUGUGAAACACAAACCUCCCCCCAUCAAACUGUCCUUGGGCUCGGGCUCCUCAGGAAACCCCUACAGUACACAAGCCCCCAGUGGGCAUCUAAAGUGUCCGACCCCUCCGCCCAGCAAGGGUCAGGGUCUGUCGCGGAAGCACUCGGUGGAGCUGAGUCAGGUCGGCCUGCUGUCCCCCGCGGCGCUCUCCCCUAUGCAGAGAUCAGGAACACCCAAGCCAUCCACGCCCACCCCGACCAACACGCCCUGUUCCACGCCACACCCGUUGGACACUCAGAGCGCCACGCCUUCGGGGACACCCACCCCUCAGGACCCAGCUGUGCCACAGCAGCCGACGCUACUCGCCCCCUUCGCCCCGCAGCAGCAGAUGGCACUGCCUGUCAUGACCAUCCCACUGCCCACGUCCAUCAGCACAGGCACCACCUCCUCCCAGGUCAUGACUAACCCGGCCGGGCUCAACUUUAUCAACGUGGUGGGCCCCGUCUGCAGUCCACAGACACUAAUGACUGGCUCGAACCCCAUGCUGGGCUGCAGUGCUAGUGCACUGGCGCCUGGGUUCAACCUGAGGAUCCCGCCCCCUGGAGGCCUGAUGUCCAGCACCCUGCCUACCAUGCAGCCUGCGGCUCCUGCAGGCAGUCCUUUUGGCCUGAACAAUCCCCAAAGCUUGGGACCGCUCAACCUUCUGCAGAUCCCCACUACGCCCCUGAUCUUUAACUCCCUGCCACAGCAGCAGUUGUCCCAGUUCUCUCCGCAGCAGCAGAGCAGCCAAUCGGCCACCUCCAGCCCCCAGCAGCAGGGGGAGUCGACGGAGCAGGGCCUGACUGCCGAGCAGGGGCUAGCCACGCAGCAGACAGCUGUCAUCAACCUCACCGGGGUGGGGGGGUUCAUGUCUCCACAAACAGCAGUGCUGUCCCAGCUGGGUUGUGGUCUGGAGGGCUCUGGGUCCAGCCUGCCGUCCCCGAGACUCCCGCAGCAGCACCAGCCACAGAUCCAACUUUUUGCUUUUAAGGAUUCUAAGGUCUCUCCAAAACAAAGGCAGGUGUCUUGUAUGUAAGAUGUCUAUGUGUCCAGUGCUAAGAUGAAAUGCCUUAUACCAAAAAGCUGCAGCAUCUGAUACUGUCAUUCACAAAGGCAGCUCUAAUAACAUCUCCGUAGCUGCCCUCUGGAUUUUGAAUUUCAUAGAUGAACUAACUGAGCUUUGCUGAGGAUUUUCUUGCCAUACCUGAGUUUUGGCUUUUGCCUGUCCAAGCCUUUUUUUUUUUUUUUUUUUUUUUUUUUUAAGAGGCUUUCUGUAACAUUCACUUGGCUCAUGGCACCCGUUUUAAAUAUCAACUGCUCACAAGACAUAUAUAAAUAUAAAAAUAUAAAUAUAAAUAUAAAUAUAUACCCAGUAGUAGAUUUGUUUCCUGAAUGUUUUUUUUCCCUGAUGUAAUGGGGGAUUGUGUGGUCACUUGCAUGGGGAGCUAGGAUUCCUUUAUUCCUCCUACCCAUCACUCCACACUCCUUAUUCUGUAUUACUGAACUGUCCGACUCCUUUCCUGGACCCACACCCGGUCACAACUUCAGCACAGGGCCACCUAUGACAGGAGUUGAGGUUGGUGUCUUACAAUACACAUAAAAGCAGCAUGGCAGGGUUGAGUGACUGUGCACACACGCACGCGUGUGGGCGUGCAUUUCACAGAGGGAGCUGAUUAAAUGCUGAUUUGCGCUGUUGGGCAGUUGAGCGGUUGAUAUUUACUGGUGCUGCUUGACUGUUCCUCCUCUUCCUCAUGUGCCCUUCAUCUCCCUGUCCCACCGCCACCAGCCUCCCUGACCUUCUUCCUCUGCCUUGUUCAGCUUUUGCUAACUCACCGGUCAUAUUCACUAAUGAACUCUGUGUAAAUGUGUCUCCUCUCACAGCCACUGGGCCUCAGCAAAACACUUCUACUUCACAAGUGCUCAGAUAAUGAUGGGAUGGGACGUAACUAUUCAAAGCGGGUGAAUGUUAAAGUUUACAGUCAGUAUAAUUUAGAUUAAUAAGCAAUAUUAAAAAUGAAAUAUAGCUGAUUUUAAUGGUGUAAAAAUACAUAGUGGGUCCUUUUUGAAGCUGAUGCUUUGCCAGUGGUAAAAUGGACCUCAAAACCACUGCCUGGAUUAAACUCUAAAUUUUUCCAUAAGUGGAAGAGAUGGCAAGCUGUGAGAGGAGACUUUAAAGACUGCAGCGUCACAGAUGCCAACUUGAUAUGUGUCUCUCUCUCCUGUGUGCAGUUGCAAUUCUUGCAACACCAAAUGCAGCAGCAGCAGCAAAUGGCUAUGGCUGCGGCGGGGGCGGGGCCGGGGGCA